CGCUCGGCGGGACCCGCUCGGCCAGGGCUGCCGCCUCCCGCCGGGCCGGCCGGGUGCGCGCGGGGCCGGCCGGGAGCGGCAGGCGCGGGCGCGCCGCGGGGCACGCUGGGAAGUGGAGUCUCCCAGCGACAGGGCCCACUGUGCCGUCAGCGCCGGGGAACAAACGUCUCCGGGAAGCUGCAGCUGAAGGAGUAUCAGCAGAAGAAGACCCCUGGAGCAGCUGCAGGAAGUAAGGAAAACCGCAAAACUAAAGGAGAUGGUCGACCUGAGACUCCCCCGGGCGAUGACCAGCAGCCUCCAGAGAACAUUCAGAACGUUCUUAAGGUGCCGGUGUCAGACCUGAAGCACUCCAAUGGGGUAGCCAUACCCUCAUUGGACAGGAGGAAGAAAGAGCAGAGCCAGGAGGCAGUGGAUCAGCUGGAGAAGGAAAAGGAGGAGUUGGAAAAUACAUUUUCUGAAGAGCAAGCCGCGCUGAGGGAACAGCUACAGGUUCGUAACAAGACUAUUGGAAUUCUAUCUUCUGAGGAGUCUGAGUUGCAGGCGGCCCUUGCACAUACUCAGGAGGCUGCACGGAAGAAAUCAGGAGAAGCCAAGAGCUUUGCUGCUCAUUUACAUUCAUCUCGCCAGAGGGUAGUGGAGCUGGAACGUACUUUGGCCUCCAUCUCUCUGCAGCAGAAACAGGCAGAGACGCAUAACGAAGAGUUAAUGAAGGAGCUAGAAGACCUGAAACUGGAGCUGUACAAACAAAGCAAAAGCAGUGAGGAAAUAAAGCAGCAGAAUGCAGAGCUGUCACAGAAGAUUCGCUGCCUGUCUUCCAAGAUCUCAGCUAAGGAUUUGCAUAUGGACAAUUUGCAUCAGAAACUGGACAUGGCUGAACGGAGGAUCCAACAGGUUCGUAACAAGACUAUUGGAAUUCUAUCUUCUGAGGAGUCUGAGUUGCAGGCGGCCCUUGCACAUACUCAGGAGGCUGCACGGAAGAAAUCAGGAGAAGCCAAGAGCUUUGCUGCUCAUUUACAUUCAUCUCGCCAGAGGGUAGUGGAGCUGGAACGUACUUUGGCCUCCAUCUCUCUGCAGCAGAAACAGGCAGAGAAGCAUAACGAAGAGUUAAUGAAGGAGCUAGAAGACCUGAAACUGGAGCUGUACAAACAAAGCAAAAGCAGUGAGGAAAUAAAGCAGCAGAAUGCAGAGCUGUCACAGAAGAUUCGCUGCCUGUCUUCCAAGAUCUCAGCUAAGGAUUUGCAUAUGGACAAUUUGCAUCAGAAACUGGAAAUGGCUGAACGGAGGAUCCAACAGGUUCGUAACAAGACUAUUGGAAUUCUAUCUUCUGAGGAGUCUGAGUUGCAGGCGGCCCUUGCACAUACUCAGGAGGCUGCACGGAAGAAAUCAGGAGAAGCCAAGAGCUUUGCUGCUCAUUUACAUUCAUCUCGCCAGAGGGUAGUGGAGCUGGAACGUACUUUGGCCUCCAUCUCUCUGCAGCAGAAACAGGCAGAGAAGGUAAGAGUCACCUCUGCUUACGCUUCACCAGCAGCUCUGCCUUUGGCUAUUUGCUUGUCAGUACACUAAUGCAAAGUCUGUAGUCCCUGCUCGGAGAAGGGGCAGAAAUUAACAUUCUGAAUUGUUAAUUAACCUUGUAAAGCCCUGUGUUCUCCACGGUCAAGGCAAAGUUCAUUCAGGUUUCUGUGACCACUAAUCAUAUGGUCCAGUUGCUGUCUUCAGAUCCGGCACCUUACUUCAUUAGUCUUGCCAGCUCCACGCAACAGGAGCGCCACCGAGACCUUGUCUCAGGAGGGUCUCCAUCAGGCAGACACUUCAGUAUCGAUAUUCAUCCAGAAGUCUGCAGAAAGGACCUCACGUUCAGUUAGUAGCAUCGCGUUUGAAAAGGCUGAGCAGAUUUAUUCCUGGCAAAUUCAGGAGGUUGU